UCAAAUCAAGAAGAAGAAGAAAUAGGAAGCUACGAGCUGCUUUAUCAGACAGACUUCAGGGCUUUGAAUACAAAACAUUGGUUGCUGAAAUAACCCACGCCGGGCUGACUGUCAUGGAGGGGAUGAGUGCGUUUCAGUCUCAGUUAUCCUCCAUCAUGGAGAAACUGGUCGUGUCCGCCGUGACGGAGAUCAACCAGUUGAUGUGUGAGUACUGCGCCGUCCUCCAGGUGCAGCUGAGCCGGGAGACCCAAGACAACAUCACGGCGAGGGAGACACUGCAGCUUCAGAGACCUGUUAGCGGCUUCAUGCAGGGCUCUCUGCACGGGACUGAUGAAACAAGACCACCGCUGCAGGAAGAACAGGUGAAGAGUGGAGAAACUACAGAGGAGCAGAAGCAGAGAACCGUAGGUUUGGUAGACUGCAAGCUUGAACCAAUUACUGUUUGUGAUGAUCCUGAAGAUCAACCAAGGCUGAGCGUGGCUCCUCCUGUACACUCAGACACAUGUUCUCAGUCUGGGGAGAUCUGUCCACAUCCGACAGGACAGAGAGCACAGUUCUGCAGUGAACCUCCAGAGGCUAGCAAAGACCUAAACGCUGACUACAACCCAUCCGUAGAGAUGCAGUGCCGGUUAAGAUUAUCUCCAAGUGGAGCACAGUUCAGUGAGCUGGGAUUUCAUAUUAAAAGAGAAGUAGAGAGUCCAGACUUACAGACUCAAGGUGAAGAUGUAAAUCUGGGCUUUGAGCUCCAGCAAGGGAAUCUAUGUCAUAUGUACUCAGAAUCUGGAGCUUUCACUGUGGACAGCACCCAGCCUGACACCCAGAUGCCCUCAUGCUUCAGCAGCUUACAAUCAUCGGAAAACCAGCUCGAGCUGGGAACAUUGAAUAUGCCUGAAGUGUUCUCCAACAGGCAGGAUGCAGCAGACGGAGAAGCAUACUUUCACCAGUUUAGCAAAAGAAGGACAGUUCAGUAUCGGACACCUGGGCGCUUUAAGUGCGACUUCUGCGGGAAGGGGUUUCCUUUCCUGAGCAUGAUGAAAGGCCACAGGAUCUCACACACAAGGGAGAGGAAUCAGGUCUGUGGUCAGUGUGGGAAGACUUUUAUCAGGCGGAGCCACCUUAAGCGCCAUGAGAUGCUGCAUGCUGGCAUCAUGCCGUUCAUCUGCCAGGUCUGUGGCCAAAGCUUUGCUCGUCGAGCCCAACUUGGUUCACACAUGAAGACUCACAGCAUGUGAAUACUGGAAGUUUCUGUGUUCACCGGAAACAACUGAAUUGAGUGUGUGCGCAUGUCAUACAAAGAGGAGAGUAACAGCUUGGACAGAAAGUCCAAUGUUUGUUUCCUUUUUUUGAAACUGCUGUAAAAGCAAGAACAGGUGCAGUGAUUAUUUAAAGUUGCAGUAUUUUAAUAGACCACAAGAGGGCAAAACAAUCCCUCAAAGUCGACAUUGAUCUCUUUUAAAGCUUUUAAAGUCAUAAGAACACUGUUUUGUUUUGUUUUCUUUCUUUUUUUUUCUUUGGUUUUUGGCAGCAAAUGUUGGCAUACAGUGAGUGGAGAUGUUCAUCAAAAUCCUGCUUGUUGCUGUUCAAUCGUUUGAUACAAAUGUUAAUACAAACUUAUUUCAUGAAAA